UGACUGGCCCGUGGCGCUCAGGUGUCUCCUCCCCAGUCCGGCCCGCAGCGUGCAGCGCCUGCACCAUGCUCUUCUACUCAUUUUUCAAGUCCCUCAUGGGCAAGGAUGUGGUCGUGGAGCGCAAGAAUGACUUGAGCAUCUGUGGAACCCUCCAUUCCGUGGAUCAGUAUCUCAACAUCAAAGUAACUGACAUCAGUGUUACAGAUCCUGAGAAAUAUCCUCACAUGUUGUCAGUGAAGAACUGCUUCAUCCGGGGCUCAGUGGUCCACUAUGUGCAGUUGCCAGCAGAUGAAGUGGACACACAGUUGCUACAGGAUGCAGCAAGGAACGAAGCCCUGCAGCAGAAACAGUGAUGGCUCCUCCUCCCUUUCCCCUCCCUUGUCCAUUGGUGACCCUAACUUCAUGCCGCAGAUAGGGAGCCUUCCCCCCACACUUAAGAUUUUUUUGUGUGAUUUUUUUAUUUUUUUUUCUAACUAAGAGAUUUGGUGAUGAGAGGAAUAAGAGUAUAAUAAUGGGAGUAACUAUCCCCCCUCUUAAGGAGGAUAAAAAGACUGGGGAACAGAGCCUUCCCAAUACUCAGCACCUGCCUUUCACACUCUGUGGAUUUGGGAACCUCGUGUCUUUCUAGG